AACCAUUUUUCCGCUUGAAUUUGCAGCGGUGGAAAGUAUCCGUUCAGAUCUUACUGUGCAACAGAUUCAGAUGAAAGCAAAAGAGUUACAGCAACAGUAGUUAUAAAUAAAUUCAAAUAUUCGUCUCUGUUUAAAUUUUUUGUACUAAUUUUCUCAGAAAGAAGUUGCACACCAAAACCAACACACCGAGAACAAAGUGAUAAAAGCAAAGCGAAAUCGGUGUUGAGUUCGGUGGUGUCACAAAUCCAAACGUAAGAGAGAAGAUUCCAAAGAUAAUUGUUCCUUCUUUUUCACCAUUGUUUCUCUCCUCCAAGAACUCCAUCACUACCACCACCGUUGCCGCAACCUCAGAUUUCGGUUCCCAGUAACCACUCCGAGUGUUGUUUUUCCUCUUAAAACCCACUCUCUUUGCCAGAUCUUGCUUCCAGAUUCAGAGAAGCUGGAGAGACAACAUUGUAGACGAGGAAGUGAAAGCAAUGAAUAACUGCUGGAGAGACAACGAAUAUAUGACUAGAUAGUCAGAUGAGAUUUUGAAAGCAUUAAAUAAAAAUGGUGUCGUUCACACAGACUGAUGGUGAGAUGGUCAGAAUGCAGCAUGGCCAAGGAGGAAGGGACACUGAUGGAAAAAGAUGCUGCAUACAAAUAAUCAUACACUUCGAGUCCUAAACUCUCCAAAUUAUUAAAUCAGAGACAACAUUUGCAAGCGUCAAGCAUAAAGAAUUUUAGAGCUUCAAAAACCUUGAAAACAGCUUGUGGUUUGAAGGGCCUGUUUUCUUAUAACAAGUAUCUUUGCUCUUUACAUGGGGGAUGCGUGCCCUGCUAACUAGUGAAGAAGAAAGGCUCUUGUGUGUAGUUUUAUGACCAUACAAUCAGAAAAGCUUGGAUAUAAUGGGGAUCAGUACACGCAGUUCUACCAAUAGGAAACCAAGUGAUAGUAUGAGACUUAUUGUGACAACUUUUGUUGGAAUAGUUUUUGGAUUCUUUAUUGGAGUGUCAUUUCCGGCAUUGAAUGCAAAGUUGAAUCUCCCAUCCAGCCUGCUUCCUGUCAUUGACAUUUCUUACAUUCGAGAGAAAUAUGCAGUUGGCAAUGCACCUGCUUCUGUGAAAAAUAAUAAUGGCGAUUCAUCACAACAGCAGUUAUUAAAUGAUACGUUGAAGAUAUGGGUUCCAUCAAAUCCAAGAGGUGCUGAAAGAUUACCUCCUGAGAUUAUUGAAGCUGAGACAGACUUUUAUUUGCGUAGAUUGUGGGGCCAGCCCAGUGAGGAUUUAACUUUAAAGCCAAAGUACCUUGUAACUUUCACUGUCGGUUAUAAUCAGAGAUAUAAUAUUGAUGCAAAUGUGAAAAAGUUCUCAGAGAACUUUACAAUAGUUCUAUUUCAUUAUGAUGGCCAAACAACUGAAUGGGAUGAGUUUGAGUGGUCAAAACGGGCAAUUCAUGUGAGUGUUCGCAAACAGACUAAAUGGUGGUAUGCCAAACGGUUUCUGCAUCCAGACAUUGUGGCACCAUAUGACUAUAUUUUUAUAUGGGAUGAAGACCUGGGUGUUGAACAUUUUAAUGCAGAGGAAUACUUAAAACUCGUGAAGAAGCAUGGAUUGGAAAUAUCGCAGCCUGGUUUGGAACCUAAUAAAGGGUUGACAUGGCAAAUGACAAAGAGAAGAGGUGAUCGUGAAGUUCACAAAGAAACGGAAGAGAAACCAGGAUGGUGUAGUGAUCCCCAUCUGCCUCCAUGUGCAGCGUUUGUUGAGAUUAUGGCUCCAGUUUUUUCACGUGAUGCAUGGCGUUGUGUGUGGCAUAUGAUUCAGAAUGAUUUGGUCCACGGGUGGGGCCUGGAUUUUGCUCUCAGAAAAUGUGUUGAGCCUGCACAUGAGAAGAUUGGCGUUGUUGAUUCUCAGUGGAUUAUUCAUCAAAGUGUUCCCUCACUAGGGAAUCAGGGAGAAUCAGAAUCUGGGAAGGCACCAUGGCAAGGGGUGAGGGAGAGGUGUAAAAAGGAGUGGACAAUGUUCCAGAGUCGGUUGGCAAAUGCAGAAGAUGCAUAUUACAAGGCCGUGGGAGUAGAUAUGUUCAAUUCAACUACUCCUUAACGACAGAACCUGACUGGUACACACAGCCAUCACCAUUGUUGAGUUCGAUUUUGCAUGAUAUAUAGUGUUUUCUUUAAGUUUGGAAGUUACUUGCACUUGUAACUCAGAGUCCUAAACAACAGUUCAACGUGGGAUUCCAGUGUAGAAAGUUAGAGAAUUAGAUAAUAUAGGUAAAUGAAACUUACUGUAAGUAGUGUAUUUGAUUAUAUAAUAUUCUUUGUUUUAGGAACCUUUGCUUGCAGGGAAUACGAAUGCAAUACCGUGUAAAGGUAUACACAAUUUGGAUGUGAUAAGGGAAGCCCUUUACGUAGUUGAAACGGUAAA